UCUGUUUCUCCUUUCCUUCUCAGCAGUCAUGAUUUAUUGUCUCCUUUUUCAGUAUCAAAUUAAGCAUCUUUUUGAAUCUUAUCUUAUAUAUCACCAUCUCAUAAAGGUGAUAGCUUGCUAGACGUUUUACACAUUUACAACAUGAUGCUGGUGUACACGUGAUUAUUUGUAGUUUUGUUCUUUUCAAAUCUGAUGCAUUUUUUGUGUAUCUAUGUUUAUGUGCAUGAAUGUGUGUUUAUGUAAUUUGUAUGCGAGAACAAUUCUAAGUUAAAAGGGAAAAAUGGGUUGUGCACAAUCGAAAGUGGACAAUGAAGAGUCAGUUUCGAGAUGUAAAGACAUGAGAAAUUUAAUGAAAGAGGUUGUUUCAGUGAGGAAUGCUUUUGCCUCAGCUUAUGCUGGGUACUCAGUGUCCCUCAAGAACACUGGCGCCGCCUUGAGCGAUUAUGCCGUAGGCGAGGUGCCUCCUGCGGCUGUGUUAAACGGUGGCCCAUCUGGGUCGAAGCAGGCACUGCCACCGGCUCCACAACCUCCGCCGCAUCCCAUGGUGGAUCCAAGCUUCCCUCUCCCGCCGCCACCCCUACCGAGUUUUUCCCCUACCCCGCCCCUUAAGCGGGCAGUUACCAUGCCAGCGGGGUUGUCAAAAACAGAGAAAUUGAAGGUCAUUGGCGUUGAUGAGAGUGAUGUUUAUGGUGAAGAAGAGGAGGGGGAGGAAGGAAAUUUUCUUAAGAGGCAAAAAGAGGUUGAGGAGGUGGGCCCGAAAACCACGGUUCAGACCCCAAAUCAGCAGACGCCACCGGAGAUUAGAGGUAUGGGAUGGGAUUUCUUUUUUGCAGACAAUAUGCCUCAGUCCUCAUUGAGAGAUGUUGAGGAUGAAGGAGCGGGUUACAUGGGUGGAGAUGGGAAUCUAAACAAUGAUGGAGGGAAUGCGGAGGUUAAUUCCCCGGAGAAGCAGGCAGGGUCCGAGGAGAUUGAGAAUUUUAACAACGUGGGAGGAAAUGCGGAGUUUAAGACCCCUGAGAAGGAGAAGCAGGUAGAACUCCAGGAGAUUGAGGAGUUCAAGACGCCAGAGGAAAUGCCAGUGAGUGUGCAGUUUAUGCAUUCAAACACCGCACCACUGGGAAUGAGUGAAGGAAUCGGCCAAAGGAAGGUGGAGGGAAAUAAAAAUGGUGUGGAUUUUUUGAAAAUUUUGAGUCAGAUUGAUGAUCUUUUCCUUAAGGCUUCUGAGGAUGCAAAAAAGGUUUCAAAGAUGCUGGAGGCCAACAGGAUGCAUUACCAUUACAACUUUGCAGAUAAUCGAGGCCGCAUUGACCAUGCAGCAAGAGUCAUGCAAGUUAUUACAUGGAACAACUCUUUUAGAGGUGUACCUAACGGUGAUGGAUCCACAGAUAACUUCAAGGCUGAAGAAUAUGAGACACAUGCCACAAUUUUGGAUAAAUUGCUAGCGUGGGAGAAAAAACUAUAUGAAGAAGUGAAGACUGGUGAGGUUAUGAAGGUUGAAUAUCAGCGCAAAGUUUCUGUGCUGAACAAGUUGAGAAAACGCGGUGCUAGUUCUGAACAAUUGGAGAAGGCAAAAGCUGCUGUUAGCCAUUUGCAUACACGGUAUAUUGUUGACAUGCAAUCAUUGGAUACAACGGUGUCGGAAGUGAAUGAUAUACGCGACAAGCAGCUGUAUCCAAAACUUGUGGCUCUUGUUCAUGGGAUGGCGACGAUGUGGGAAUCCAUGUGCAUGCAUCAUGAAAUCCAGCUAAGAAUUGUGAUGGAUCUCAAAUCCCUCAACGUCUCUGGGAUUCUCAUUGAAACGAGCAAACAUCAUCAAGAGUGUACGACACAGCUUUGGAACGUCGUCCAACAAUGGCAUUCACAAUUCGAAAAGCUAGUGAAUAAUCAAAGACAAUACAUCCAUGCUCUUAACAGAUGGUUGAAGCUAAAUCUCAUACCGAUUGGGAGCAGCUUAAAAGACAAAAGCUCAUCCCCUCCGAGAGUUCAGGCGCCCCCUAUCCAACAGCUUCUUCAUUCUUGGCACGAUCACCUUGAAAAGCUUCCCGAUGAAGUUGCCAAAAGCGCAAUUGCCUCCUUUGCUGCUGUGAUAAAGACAAUUAUUGAUCACCGGGAGGAAGAAAUGAAGUUCAAGGAAAAGUACGAAGAAACCAGAAAGGAGUACCUACGUAAAAAACAGGCAUUCGAUGAGUGGCAUCAGAAAUACAUGCAGCGCAGAACUCCACAUGAGGAGACUGACCCUGAGAAUGGCAUAGAAACGAAUGUCAAGGAUCCAGUAGCCGAAAAACAGUUUGUGGUUGAGAGCUUGAAAAGGAGAUGGGAAGAUGAAUGCGAAGAUCACCAGAAACACUGUAUUCAAGUGAGGGAAAAGUCACUCGUAAGUCUCAAAAGCCGGCUUCCCGAGCUUUUCCGAGCCUUAUCAGGCUAUGCUCGUGCGUGUUCCGAUGCUUACGAGAAACUGAGGUUGCUUACGCAAUCGCAGCAGUCAAAUAGGGGUUUAUAAGCUUUCAUGUUAUAUUUAACGUAGGGAACUAUAGUUUUUCAACAAUGAGAUUGUUUUCAAACAUUGCCGUUUUUGCAAUAUUUGUUGCCAGUCCAUUUGGCUCUUGUCGUGCACUGAAAUUCCUUGAGAAAGAUUUUGCAAGCUCGCAGAAAAUCAAACUUCUAAGUUAUUUUGUUGAAA